AUGGAAUUGUGAUUAAGGGUUCCACCAGCCAUCACCACUUUGAAAGAGAUGGUUUGCCUUUUUUUCAAAUACCCACCUCGAUUUCAUCCAACGACAUCAUCGAAACCUACAAAGGAUGUCUACAGAGAUUGGUUGAUUGAAGUUCUGGAAUCGGUUAAGAGACAGAGUGUUAUUUCUCGGAGAAGAGUUGGUGGGUCUUUCACAAAACCGGAACUCCUUGAGCCAAACACAAACUACCAUCUCUUGAAUCUUGACUACUACUCCAUUGAUAAAUUUUAUAAGAGAUUGGCCAAUAAGUUUCAUUCAAAGGCAAUCAGGAAGGGUUGUAAAGCUGUGUGCAAAAUGAAGGGAAGUUAUUGUGCACCAUUAGAAAGGUUGAUUGAUGUAAGAAAAGUAUACGAAAAACCUAUCGACACUCCUACUCAUCACAUUGAACAACAUUGGAGAGAUUAUGAGAAUUUUGAAAAUUCAGUUCUCAUGCUCAGGAGGUGAUAGAAAAAUAUAGUCAUAUUUUAUGCAAGGCGUGUAUCAAGG